UCCUCAUGGCAACAUUCUUCUAUUAGGAUGCUUUAUAACACCAUGCGAGUCUUUCACAGAUGGAGAUAAAUAUUAAUAACGUAAAGUGUUUGUUGGCGCUGCGCUCAAUUCCUCUUUUAUCUCGCGAGCCCAGCUUGGCUUCAAAGCUAACGCUAGCUUGUGCUCUUUGACUGCUAUGCUAACUAACAGUCAUGCUAACUAACAAUCAUGCUAACUAUCAGUCAUGCUAACUAACAUGCUAACUAACUGUAAUGCUAACUAACAUGCUAACUAACUGUAAUGCUAACUAACUGUAAUGCUAACUAACAGUCAUGCUAACUAACAGUCAUGCUAACUAACUGUAAUGCUAACUAACAUACUAACUAAAUGUAAUGCUAACUAACAGUCAUGCUAACUAACUGUCAUGCUAACUAACAGUCAUGCUAACUAACUGUAAUGCUAACUAACAGUCAUGCUGACUAACAUUCAUGUUGACUAACAUUCAUGCUAACUAACAUUCAUGCUAACUAACAGUCAUGCUAACUAACAUUCUUGUUAACUAACAGUCAUGCUAACUAACAGACAAGCUAACUAACAGUCAUGCUAACUAACAGUCAUGCUAACUAACAUGCUAAGUCCAGCAUAGUUUGUCGUCCUUCCACACAAGAAGAUUGAAGUAAAUGGUGCUGACCAUGGCAGACUUAUCAACCCUCGAGAGCCUUUUGGAGAUGGGCUUUGACCCAAAUAGGGCAGAGAGGGCGGUGGCCAGCACUGACAACCAGGGUAUUGAACAAGCCAUGGACUGGUUAAUGGAGCAUGAGAACGACCCCGACAUAGACCAGCCCUACAAACCUCCAGUAGAGAACAUCCUGGAUGAGCAGCAGACCAUCACACAGCAGCCUGCACUGGGCGACACAGCUGGAGUUGCCAGUGGAGAAGGCAGCCAGGUUGGUGAUGCUGACACCUCCAUGGCGGCGGAGGAGAAACUAGAGCAAGUCAAGAGGCUAGAGGAGCUGAUGCGGGUGAAGCAGGCGGAGCGGCGGGAGCGAGAGCGGGCGGAGGAGUUGGAGAGAGAGAAGCAGCGCAGGAAACAAGGACAAGAACUGCAACACAUUCGUCAGAAGAUACAAGAUGAUGACAUGAGGAAAUUGGCAGAGCUGAGGAACAAAGAGAAGAUGGAGGACAAGCUGGCCAGGCAGAGGGUGAAGGAGAAGAUCGCACGAGACCGAGAGGAGAGAGCACAGAAGUUUGGAGGCAGUGGAAGUUCCAGCACCAGCAGCUCAGUCCUGCCCAGCCCUCUGCCACCUACCACAGACUAUGACCAGUCCAGGAUACAGGCUUGGUGCCUUCAGCUGUGCUGGUGGUCACCAAAAAGUGAAGAGUUGAGAAGGGGGAUCUGCUCCGUGAGCCUACCUCACCACAAGAAGUGGACUCUGUGAUGGACAAGAUGUUUGAAGGGGAUGCUAGUGAAGCUAGUUGGCGUCUGACAAGUGAUCCUUCCAUAGUCAACUCUGGUUACUUGUUUAUUUGAAAGGGCCUUACUUCACUUCACAACAUCCUCAUUUGCUGAGAUUCUACUUUGACAGUUUUGUAAGUCAUGAUAUGCAGAAAUGACUUGAAAUAAAGCUGACUUGCAGAGU